ACGCCACAAACUCGGCCAAACGAACAAAUCCAUAUGUAACUUUUGGUCUCACAACUGCUAGGUCUCGUCUCAUCUACCAUCAGUCUUCUCCCGUUGUUUACUGACUUCUGUGACUAUACCGGAUUUAUCGACAAUGUUUUCCCGAGCCUUCCAUCCAGGAUGUCCCCCCCCCAUCCUGCUAUAUAAGGACGCUGAGUGUGUCCCAAUGCCCACGGUGGUACCUCUUCCCACUAGGUACCGCCCCGGGUACCGCUGCACCAUUCUGACUGCCUGGACAAUAUUCUGUCGAUAUCCCUCAUGCUUUCAUAUUACUUCCUCUACAUAUGAAAAGCGUCGCCCCAUGGACAAUGUCACUACACUUCAAGGGUCUAUAGCUCGUGGCUACUAUCUUUGGCUUUCUCGGUGUGUACGCUUAGGUCUCAUCGUACUAUGCUGUUGUUUGUUGUCCACAGGCCUGAUGUUACGUUCUCUGCUAGUCAUUGACUACUCUCAACAUCACAUUAUUUGUGGACUCGAACAUGCUGUCAGUGCGGCAUCAAUACUUGGUCCGAGGGCGCUGACGAACUCGACCGUGUACUAUGGUCGCAUGAUUCUUUUCCCCUUCUUCCCCUUCUUCCCCGGUAUCCUUGAUUCUUUCGAUAACGAGCGUAAGCUGAACGUGUCCACGAUGAUGGAAACUUCGACGCUAGAACUGGUGACUUCGACUCUUCCGGAAGCCAUGUCUGCGAGUUCUUAAUGUACGAUCGAUAGCCCUGCAGGUGUUCGGCUUGUCAGCCUGACCGUACGAAACUUGGUCGAGGAAGGUCGGAAAAUAUUGGUCUUGAAGUCUGAGGCUUGGAUCUUUCAUUACUAGUUGCACGAGUGCCAAGUCCGUGAGCUGACACCUAGGAUUUGCAUCAAGUCGAAUUCACUCUGGUCUGUUCGUCUGAUCCACAACCCGG